AUGGUGGGGCGGCGGCGGUGGCUGUGGGCGGCGGGGCUGUGGGCGGCGGGGCUGGCGCUGGCGCUGGCGGCGGAAGCGCUGGUGGGGCGCUGGCGGCGGGGGCGGCGGCGGGCCCCGCGGCGGGGGGUCCUCUUCUUCCCCUCGCAGGUGACCUGCACGGAGACGCUGCUGCGGGGCGGCGGGGCGGGGGCGGGGCCGGGGCCGGGGCCGGGGCCGGGGGGCUGCCCCUGCCGCCUGGCCCACGGCGACAGCGCGCUCAGCCGGCUGAUGGCCUACCUGCUGUCGGCGCGCUCCAGCCUGGAGCUCUGCCUCUUCGCCUUCUCCAGCCCGCAGCUCGGCCGGGCCGUGCAGCUGCUGCACCAGCGCGGCGUCCGCGUCCGCGUCGUCACCGACUGCGACUACAUGGCCCUCAACGGAUCCCAGAUCGGCCGCCUCCGCAAAGCCGGCAUCCAGGUUCGGCACGAUCAAGACGUUGGCUACAUGCAUCACAAGUUCGCGGUAAUCGAUAAGAAGCUGCUUAUCACGGGUUCCCUCAACUGGACCACACAAGCCAUUCAGAACAAUCGAGAGAAUGUUUUGAUUUUGGAGGAUGAAGAGUAUGUGAAGCCCUUCCUGGAAGAGUUUGAAAGGAUCUGGGAGGAGUACAACCCAGCGAAUUAUACAUUUUUCUCCCAAGAAAAGUCAAGGGAAACAGCUCAGAGACAACUUAGAGUGCCGCGGGGACAAAAGGAGUACACUCAGGAAAAGUUCAUGACAUUGGUGCCAAAGAAAAAGUGACAGGUUAGCAUCCCCUAUAAGAUGAGCUUCGAACUGGAAGUAUUUAUAUUCUGCAUUUAUGUAUUGAAUUUGAUUACAUCUUCCUGUCAAAAGAGCUUAACAUUUGGUUUUACUCAACCUCGCAAUCUGGUUCUUUUCUUUUUAAAGCUUCAAUUUUUGUAAAAUGUGGUGACCUGCCCCCCCCAAAAUAAAAAAGGACAAGGAUGUAGAAACAAUAUACUUUGUCCUUUAAGAACAAUCGAGGCUAUAGCUGCUAUAGUGCCCUGGAGUACAAAGGGUGCUCAGGCCCAGCAAGAAGGGAAAGUGAAUUACAAAAUAUUUUGCUGAUUAUUGCAUAAACAUGAUCCUGCUGUUGGCACCGAGGAAAAGCUGUAGGUUUUGUUACUUUAACAACUGUAAAGCAAUGCAGGUUUCUUUCAUAAUAGAAAGCCUGAGCUAAGAAGUUUGCUUUUGGUCUUUUGGGAGGGGAAUGAGCUGGAGGGAAAAGGACGAAAAGGAACUACUCUGCUGCCAAUGGCAAAAGGAGAACGGAGCCACUGGAGGGCAGAUGUCAAUGCUUGCUAACCAAGUUUAGCUUGAAGUUUCCUGAAAAGCCCUUAGGAAGUCUGACAGCAUUCACUCAUUAAGAAAGUGUUCCUUGAUGAGGGCAUUUUGGCAUGGCUGUAAAUCACUUUCCUUCUCACAAUAAACUGAAGGGCAGCAGUUGGGGUCAUCCCCCUCCCCCUGUAUAAAGAGAAGAAAAGGGGCCCGUUCCACCAGUGUCGGUGAGAAAUGUAUUAAAGCCCUCUUAAAUUUAAAACAUGAAAACUUAAAUGAGGUUUUUUGGGGUUUUUUUUUUUAAGCCCAAGCCAUAUCCAUUUCAUCUUUUCUCUCCUUGCACUAUUGCUGUUUGCCCCAGAAUCUUCCAAGUUGGAAACCAAAAUGUUUACAUCCUUUUUGAGCGGAUUUGAAAGUGAGGGUCUUGGAAGCAUUCUCUCGGUCAGAGCACCUCAUCUGUUAACUUGUUCCGACGGAAAACUUUUGUUCAUCUAGAUCAGGAUAGUUUUACCGUAGGGGAUGGGGAAGUCACCGAAUAGGUAGGGUGGCUAAGCCUGAACCAAGGAAAGGAAUCCAGAGCAACUGGACUCCUAUAUUUCCUUUCACACCUCAACGGGAAAAGCUAUUCCCUGGAGGAACUCAACACUACUGGCCAUCUCUCAAGUGGGCUGCUCUUGAAUCAAGGUAGGCCCUGUAAUGAAAGCAAAACAAGCUUGUAAUCAAGCCCGUGUUUGGCCAUACGCUAAGAAUAGCUGUGAUGCAUCAAACAGGCAGCUAAAGAUCCAGAGAAACCUGAAAAUUGGACACUAGAGGAUGGUUUGUUUACCUUCCACUGUGGCUUUGGGGAUAAUAAUUAGUUGGCUCAAAGUGCUUCAGAAAGUUAUUUCCAGUGGUAGAUCUUUUUUGCGAUAACCUCCCCCUUAGCUUCCUUCAACUUCCAAUUGGCUGUUCUUGAUGGUGCACGACUUCUUGCAAACAAACCUGAUUUGCAGUAUAUACAGUUUCUCUCUCUCUAUGUCUAGAUAAGUACUACAUAACCAAGAGAUAUUUACAGUUCUGGGAGUUGCAGUGAGAUAUGCAUGAACACCCAAGUUUAAACCAUUUAAAACUGAAGACUCCCACACUUUCAUCAUCUCUGACCCAUGCACAGUUUCAAAUCAGAGAAAUGGAACUAUUCAAAAUAGCUACAGAUUAUACCUGGCUUGUUCCUCAUGCACACACAAAUACACACCACCACCCCCACGCAAAUAACAUCUGUAGAACGAGCCGAAAGGUAAGACACGUGUGAAAUAAAUGGUGCCAUUUCCUUGCCAUAAGAGAGUCACCACAGUGACGAGAAGUUCUGUUUAGUGCUCAGGAUGCUUUAGCAUGCACAAAACUAAACAUACUCUACUUUUCCCCAGAUAGAAGAAGAAGUAUGGUACUACACUAAAAUGCUGUUUGGUGAACGCCUGUCUACUUCUACAAUUUUUUUUUAAGCUAUCAUUCAAACUAUUUGACGUGCUAUUUCUCUCACUACUUGCAUUAUCAGGUUCUCUCAUUAAAGCACUUACAUUUUGCAAAUCCA